AUUGCCAUCUUGACCCGCAGCACUUACUCCCUGCGCCGCAUCGACAUGUCGCGCUUUCUUCCGCCCACCACCGCACGUCGGCGGCAUCGCCGGAGCGGGAGAAGACAGCCCGGCGUUGGAACACGGUUGCCUGCCCGACCCCACGUCGCGCUUUGAAGCUCCGUCGGGUCGGGCUCGGGCCAGCCCCUUAAAAGGCGUGAUGGACUUCUUCCUCCUCAAGACCAAGACCAACCAUGGACACGAAGCGGAGGAAGAAGAGCUUGACCUCAACAUGGUGGUCGCCACGGACCACACGGGCCGCGCCCUCAUCUACGACCCGGACUCGCUGGCCGUCCGCGCGCUGCCCAGGCUGCCCGAGCGCAAGUACAUCCCCGUCUCCCUCACCGCCGGCGGCGCCCUCUACGUGUUCGACCGGAUCCCCAUGCUCCACAAGAAGCGGUGCUGCGAGGCGCUCACCUUCCGCCGUCCCCGCGGCGAGUGCGGGGACUGGUCAUGGCGCGCUGUGCACCGCCGACCUCAACGCCGCCGAGUUGCCAACUUGCCUGCCUACUGGGUAUUUUAAUACUAGCAGAUUUGCAAUUCCCCACAGGCACCGAGACACGUGCAAAUGAUAGCCAUCGAAGACGCGCUUGGAAGGCUGUCUACG